AUCUCGAACAACAUCAAAUACAAUAUUUAAUUCCAGAAAUCAGAAUCAUAUCAGGAGUUUUUCUUGCAUAAAGACGUCUGGCUGAGGGGGUUAACUUCGCGAGCAUUAGUAAUGCAUGAGUAGUGGGAGGGGGCUGGCCGUGCGCGAUGCCCCCCAAUAGACUCUCGAGACAUUGUCAUGGAAAGAGACCACCGCCUCGCUAUUGUCUCGCGGACUGCCAAGUUUAUUAUAAACACUGCGAGAGCUGGCCGGUGCGCUGUCAUACGGAGCGCAAAGCGAGGUGGUCAGGCAGGGAUCGAGAGAGAAGCUGAUGUGGAUGGAAGAGGAAGAGGAAGCUACUGAUACUGAGAGAGAAAAGAAAGAAAGAUAUUUCAGGAAUAUUGCUGUCAAGGAAGAGAGAACCACAUGAAGAAAUAAAUAUAUAGUCAAAGAACACCCUGCUUUGACUGAAAACAAGAAAAACUCAUUGGAGAGAGGGGCUGCUAACUCGGGGAUCUUAACCUAGUCCUUGGAGAAAUUAGAAAAACUUAACUCAUUCUGUGGUGUUUUUCCAGCUUCAACGUUUUAAUUCCUCUCGAAUCCUGAGAAAUACAUUUCAUCAAGCGCUCUCCCAGAGUUGUCGUUCUCGCGUCUCCAUGUAUAAAAUGGAUUACUCCUACCUGAACUCAUAUGACUCGUGCAUGGCGGCCAUGGAGGCAUCGGCCUACGCGGACUUCAGCUCCUGCAGCCAGGCCAGCUCGUUCCAGUACAACCCGAUCCGGACCGGGUUCGGUGCCAACCCGGGCUGCGCGCCCCUCAGCACCGCGAACUGCACACUGGGGUCCCUGCGCGAGCACCAGCCCACACCCUAUUCCACAGUUCCAUAUAAGUUCUUCUCGGACCCUUCUGGUUUGAACGAGAAGCGGAAACAGCGGCGCAUAAGGACCACCUUCACGAGCUCACAGCUGAAGGAGCUGGAGCGCGUGUUCGCAGAGACCCACUAUCCCGACAUCUACACGCGCGAGGAGCUUGCACUCAAGAUCGACCUUACUGAGGCGCGGGUACAGGUAUGGUUCCAGAACCGGCGGGCUAAGUUCCGUAAGGUGGAGCGUGCAGCCAACUCUAAAUCUGGUAACGGGACCGGGGGCCCAGGAGGGAACAAUGGCUGUACCGGGGGUAAAAAGGGCGAGCCCAGAUCUUCCUCGGAUGACGACGAAUCAAAGGAGUCCACCUGCAGUCCCACCCCUGACAGCACCGCCUCGCUGCCCGGCUCAGCCAAUGGGAACAUGGGUAGCCCCGCCAGCCUCAGCCCCAGCCCCGCCCCUGCUAACAGUGGCUACGCUAACACCUCCAGCUCCCCCGUUCUGCAGGGGCUCAAACCCCCUGGCUGGCCCAGCCUAGGCCCCGCCCACCCAGGAAUGGCCCAACCCGCAGGCCAGGCUCCAGAGCUGCUGAAGGCGUGGCAGCCGGCAGACAGUAUGACAGGGCCUUUCGCUGGCGUGCUCUCCUCCUUCCACCGGAAACCCAAUGCUCUCAAGACUAACCUGUACUAGAGACAAGGAGCAGAGAUCUCUAGUAUAACUACUGUAUAUCUAUACAGACUAACCUGUACUAGAGACAAGGAGCAGAGAUCUCUAGUAUAACUGCUGUAUAUCUAUACAGACUAACCUGUACUAGAGACAAGGAGACAGAUCUCUAGUAUAACUGCUGUAUAUCUAUACAGACUAACCUGUACUAGAGACAAGGAGACAGAUCUCUAGUAUAACUACUGUAUAUCUAUACAGACUAACCUGUACUAGAGACAAGGAGCAGAGAUCUCUAGUAUAACUGCUGUAUAUCUAUACAGACUAACCUGUACUAGAGACAAGGAGCAGAGAUCUCUAGUAUAACUGCUGUAUAUCUAUACAGACUAACCUGUACUAGAGACAAGGAGCAGAGAUCUCUAGUAUAACUGCUGUAUAUCUAUACAGACUAACCUGUACUAGAGACAAGGAGACAGAUCUCUAGUAUAACUACUGUAUAUCUAUACAGACUAACCUGUACUAGAGACAAGGAGCAGAGAUCUCUAGUAUAACUGCUGUAUAUCUAUACAGACUAACCUGUACUAGAGACAAGGAGACAGAUCUCUAGUAUAACUACUGUAUAUCUAUACAGACUAACCUGUACUAGAGACAAGGAGACAGAUCUCUAGUAUAACUACUGUAUAUCUAUACAGACUAACCUGUACUAGAGACAAGGAGCAGAGAUCUCUAGUAUAACUACUGUAUAUCUAUACAGACUAACCUGUACUAGAGACAAGGAGCAGAGAUCUCUAGUAUAACUACUGUAUAUCUAUACAGACUAACCUGUACUAGAGACAAGGAGCAGAGAUCUCUAGUAUAACUACUGUAUAUCUAUACAGACUAACCUGUACUAGAGACAAGGAGCAGAGAUCUCUAGUAUAACUACUGUAUAUCUAUACAGACUAACCUGUACUAGAGACAAGGAGACAGAUCUCUAGUAUAACUACUGUAUAUCUAUACAGACUAACCUGUACUAGAGACAAGGAGACAGAUCUCUAGUAUAACUACUGUAUAUCUAUACAGACUAACCUGUACUAGAGACAAGGAGCAGAGAUCUCUAGUAUUGUAUAUCUAUAUUGUCCUUCCCCCUCUAUCUACUGCCCCCCAGAGCGGGACUACCCCCUUUCAUUUAUUACCACCCGAACACUCCAUGUGGCAGUUGUAGUUUGUGAAUGUGUGAGUGUUUGUGUUGAAGUGUGUGUAACAUGCAUCUCGUACGGGGAGUGUGUGUGUGUGUUUAUGUAUGUGUGUGUGUCAGUUGUUCUGUAUGUUCUCACUCCAACAAAGCUACACAUACUUCCCAACACACACACUAUACACAGUACGAAAGGCCUUAGCAGACAUUGUGGUGCACUUAGUAACAGUAGCUCCUAGCCCCUGUACCCCCUGAUUAGUAUGUGAACAUGGCAGGGUGAAGGUAAACAGUCAGUCUCCCUGGGGAGACUCAGGGGACAAAACCCAAACUGUUACCAGCAAGCACAACUUCCUUUAUAUCCCUGGCAGAGAGAGGGGACCCCCAAAUCCCUCUGUACUGGAGAGGGGACCCACAAAUCCAAUUAUCCCCCUGAAGGCCAGACCAGACCCCCACUCACAUCCUCACUACACCCCACGCCAAUGUACCCCGACACAACUCCUACUGUCAGACAACCCCCCCGCCACCCCAUUUCCCUGGACGACCAGCUCAAACAUCUCACAUAUACGUAUUCCUUUACCCUUCACAUAGCGACGCUCCCUCCCUGACUGACUGGCUGCCUGGCUGGCUGACUGGGGGAAGGUGGGGGCAGAGGUUUAAGAUGUUUUGGGAUUCAGGUCAGCAUUGUUGUACUUCCUCUGACCUGAGCUUGAACACUAGUGGACCAGUGGUUGACCUUUAUUAUUGCAUAAAACACGUCACUCUAAUGGUCUGUGACACUACUCCCCGUGUCCCUCUCUCUCCCUAUGUUACUAAAGAGACGGCACUCAUGACAGCUAUACUGGAGAACAGUUAUUUAUUGAUGAGAAAAUAAUGGAAUAACAAUAAACACGUUUUCGUGACCAAAAGCAGUGUCUUUUGAAAUAGACAGAUAUCAAAAUGUUGUAAUUGAACAUGAUUUGUAAAUAAUAAUAUAAAUAUGAGUCCUAGUCUAGUGUUUUUUCCACAUUGCUUUGAGGUGUUGUUCAUUACAGAGCAUGUCUCAGCUCACUGCCCAUCCUGUCUACAUAAGGGCAAAGGGAAGGCUUAUAGCAACUGUGUGAAGGGUUAUAGAGGUUGUGUGAAGGGUUAUAGCACUACUGUAAUAUUCUGUCAAAUAAAUCUAAAAGCAUUGCUCAAACUAA